AUGGUAGCAAGGUGAAACGACCAACUAUUCCUUAAAGUUUCGGACACCUUAUCAAGGUAUCUAGCACCUUUAUUUUGAAUGUUUGGCCCGCGUUUUAUAAGAAAUAUUAACUCAUAAAAGUUGCUUAGGAAACUACGAGAGAUGGUCAUUGAAACAUGUGUUUCUUUAGAAUGUACCGUAUAUUUUUGGUCAGAGCACUGUCUAAAUAUCUAUAAAAAAGUAUCAGAAAAAUGUGUGCUUUACCAGGGGCGUUGACCUCUCUCCAGGCCGGCUGAACGAAAAAAUGGCAAGGGGGGACCAAGGCAACUUUCGCGGCGCGAACUUUUACACAGUGACCCCCACCCAGCCCACCUCCCCAAAAUUUGUGGUCAGUUACGCCCCUGUUCUUUGCUUGCACAACUUUCCAUCCUACCUUAAAUAUCUCUACACUUAUAUUGUAUUCCAUAGGCACGUGCCUCUUUAAACGUUAAAAUUGCAAAUUUCAAAGUUUCCAAGCUACAAAUAUUACGAACCCUUCGAAAACUUAACUCUGUUUCUUCCACUGUUGCGGUAUAUUGUAACAUAUCCCAUUUUUUCGUUGGACACCAAAUUAAUCACCUAUUAAUUGUAGCUAUUGUGCAGCCACAAGUGCUUAUUCGUUGGUCUCAAAGGACUUUGAGGUUCAAUGCAUCUUCAAUGAGGAAGAUGCAUUCAAGUUACUACUGCUAACUUAUAACAAGUUCAUUUGGUUAUGGUACAGGUAUAUGAAUACGCUGGCUUCCUAUUUGCAGUGGCAACAUUGCCGUUUUACGGUUUAGUACUGAGAUUCCUAUGGAAAUCCGGGAAAGAUGUGAGGCAGGCUAAUGCAUUCUACUUUAUCUUGUUGAUACAUGGGUAUAUCGAUAUCAGUAAGUCUAUUUUUAUUUAUAAAUUUGAUUCAACCGUCUGUAAAUCUCAAAAAAUUCUUGGUUUUUUCACAUUUUUCACAUAGCCCAAGCAAUUGCAAGUGAUAGAUCACCUGUGCUUUCCAAUUUCGCAUUCCUACAUGCCAAUUAAUAACUUUGAAUGUUUAUCAUACAUUUUCAGUAUCAUUGCUGAAUAACAUAUUCUUCUACACACUUCCGCGUUGGGGUCUUUGGUCCGAGUUCUAUAUUUGGGCCGGCGGACCGUUUCUUCAUCUCGGUUUUGUGGUUUCGUGGGCGUGCAAUGUAAUGCAAGCGCAGGCCACGUUAUUGUUGGGGAUCAAUCGUUUCAGCGCUAUUGUUUAUUCGCAACACCACAGUCGGGUAAGGUUACACUAAUUCUAAGUUUACGUAACAUUCUGUAUAAUUAUCGCAUAUUAGACUCUAGUAUGAAUCAUAAUGGUGUUUUCAGUGGUGGCGCGCAUCAUAUCCCUAUAUAGCGGGUUUCAUUAUUUCGCCCGGAGUGGCCAUGGGAAUUAUUGUCAUGCACAGUGACGUCUACUAUAAGAAACUUGGAUAUUCGCUGAUUCCGAAAAUGUCAAGGUGAGACUUUUUUCUUACUCACGACAUCCUGAGACGGCUGUCCGCUAAAAUUUUUUACACAACAAAAAACGUACCAUUUUGCAUCCCGGAAGUAUCAACAAAUGUAGCAAAAUCCCUCCCUCUCCAAGUGAAAAAACUCCGUUUUGAAGGGCGCGCCCUUUCCCUCACAAAAGGAGCUUUGAAAUCGUGGUUUUUUUCACUUGGAGGGGGAGUUAUUGUGCUACAUUUUUUGAUACUUCCCGGAUGCAGAAUGACACGUUUUUUGCCACUGGAUUGCCGCUGUAAUAACUCUUUGUCCUAACAGUUUUUUAUGAAAAAUUAUCGGGACAUCAGCUUCAGAAAAUCACAAAUAGAAAAGUUACAUCCCGCUAUAACAAAAUUUUAUCCUCAUUUACAGUGACGAUGUAUCUCACUACGGGUUUGGUGUCACCGGUGCUUGUCUUAUGCUCUAUUGUGUAAUUCUCGUUAUAAUGUACCUCUACAUCUGGCAACAAGUCCGAAGACAUCGACACAACACUGUCAAAAGGUUGACAUUCAUGCAGCGGACCACUUAUUUUAUCAAGAGCAGCAUUGUUCAGAAACGAAGGGAGAAGAAACUGGUGAUGCUUUCGGCUCUAAUUUGUUGCACCCAAGUCUGCGCUACAGUAUUUUUGGUGCUGAAAUUUGUGCUGCGAACGUUUGAUGCCGAUCUGAGCAUCUACAAUUUCGUCAGGUGAGAUUUUACGCAACUUGAAAAAAUAAUUUCGUGGAAAACUUCGAUAUAGUGGGGGACCUGAUCCAGUGGCAAAAACGUACCAUUUUGCAUACGGGAAGUACCAAAAAUGUGGCAAAAUGCUUCCCUCCCCAAGUGAAAAAACUUCGUUUUGAAGGGCGCGCUUUUGAAGUCAGAGUUUUUUCACUUGGAGAGGGAAGCAUUUUGCGACAUUUUUGAUGCCUCCCGGAUGCAAAAUGGUACGUUUUUUGCCACUGGAUCAGGUCCGUCACUGUGCCUACAUGUAGAAAAAAGCAAAUUAUUGCUAGAAUCUGUUAAUAUGGAUAUCUAGUUUGAUGUAAAAUAGCAAAUAACGAUCCUCAAGUUGCUAAUAAAGGACUCAUUCUUAAAAAAAUGGAUUAAAAUUCCUCGGAAAAUCAUAAUUUUGACCUUAUUUUAGCACCAUCUACAGCGCAGUGAACCCAUAUUUUGUCAUGAUGUUCAGCGAUGUGAUUCGCAGCCAAUUCUUGCUCGGGUGCUUAAAAUGCCGGCCGCACAAACAGUUGGCAAGCUCAACAAUCCUACAAACGAGGAGUAACAAGCAAGUCUGCACCGUGCACGUGGUGCAACAACAUAAUUCCUCAAUUUAA